AUGAGUGACGGAAGCGGCAGCAGUUCUGGCAACAAGAGAAAAGGAAAGAGUCGCGAUGAGGAGGGUUCUGACGAGGACACUUGGGACAGCGAUGACGACGACGACACCAUAGCCAGGAUCCAGCGAGCGCACUUCGCCCAGGCCGCGGCCAUGCGCGGCCGCCGGCGCUCCAACCCGCGCCCGCGGCCCAUGAGCAACAAACGGAAACUAGAAGCAGUCAAACAAUUCCACGAUUUCACGAAAAAACUUAAAAAAGACACUGGUGUAACUAUAAGAAGUCUUGUUGGUAACAAUAUAUUAGAGUUAAGUGAUUUUUCAAGUGAGGACAGUAAAUCGGACAGUGACGGUUUGUCAGAGGAGGAGUUUGUGGUGAACCCAACUGCCGUUGAGGAGCUGAACCAGGAGGAUGAGAGUUACAUAGAUCCAGAGACUGGUGAUUUUGUACAAAGUAAGAAGAGUGUUGAGAAGCCGCCUAAACCUGCCAGUCCAGAGCCAGAGCUCGUGCCUGCCGUAGCGGAGUUACCUGAGGAGAAAAAAACAUUAUCUAUAAGUGAUAUUAUUAGUGAUGGUGACUUAGAUUUAACUAAAAAUGUGGAGAUUUCAGAAGUGGAAGAGAGUGAGUUGUGUCCAGAAAAGGCAGAAGAGUUAUUAGACAUGAAAAAUGAGGGGGAUAGUCAAGAUUUUGAUAUUACAGAGAAGUUGAAGGAAAUGGGUGAGAUUAGUGUUAAGCCAAUAAAGAAAGAUGAUGAAGAAGACAAACCACCUAGUGAGGAAGAUAAGAACGCUGAGGCUGAUGAUGAUAAGAAACAAAAUAGCAACGCGCUCAACAUGAGACGAAACAUCCGAGACGUGAUGGAUGAGAAGAAUCUGGAUGCAUCCACCCUGGCUGCUCAGCGGCAGGAGUCGGAGCGUCUCGCGAGAGUCCAGGAGCAACAGAGAAUCAUCAGAGAGGUACAAAGACAAAUAGCGAUAAACCGACAGAACAAAAUCCACCAGAAAACAUUGUCACUAUUGCAAGGAGGCUCUUCCAUAUUGAAGAAAGGGCCUGGACAAAAACUCAACUUACCCAACACAGUGCUAGUAAAGCUGCCGUCUGGCGAGAUGAAGAAAACCACAAUGCGAUCGGGGCAGGUGGAGGUGACCAAGCUCCCGAAGCCGACCACCUCUGGUGCUGCCAAGUCCAUGAAACCUGAUCAAAAGACUGAUAAGAAAGAGCAGGUAGUGGAAAUAGUGGACAGCAGCAGCGGUGAAGACUCAUCAUCAUCAGCGUCUGAUUCCGAUGAUUGCAUCAUCAUGCUGUCAGGCGACUCUAUAGAGUCCACUGUUUGCAUGCACAAAACUCAAGAGACGACUGGUCUCCACGUAAAAGAUGCUUACAACACGCCGGACGAACAGGGCCGAGUACUCAUUAACCUCGGACAUCCCGAAAACGAAGAAGACAUCUUUUUAGCUCCUCAGAUUGCAAGGGUCAUAAAACCACAUCAGAUCGGCGGCGUCAGAUUCCUAUUCGACAACAUAAUAGAAUCCACGGAAAGAUUCUCAACGUCUACCGGUUUCGGCUGCAUCCUGGCUCAUUCCAUGGGCCUCGGAAAACCCUGCAAAUCGUGUGCUUCUGCGACAUAUUUCUACGGCAUACUAGCUCGAAAACUGUGCUAUGUGGCAGAGUUCAACAUGUGGCUGCCCACAGACGCGGCUACCAGCCCGCUGGCGGCGCACGGCGAAGUGCGCCCUCGCAACUUUCCCAUCUACGUGCUCAAUGACAGCCAUAAGACGUUGCAGAUGCGCGCUAAAGUCGUCAAGGAUUGGACAACGACCGGCGGCGUCCUCAUGAUAGGCUACGAGUUAUACCGUCUGCUCAGCAUGAAGAAGGACAAGAAGCCUCGUAAGAAGAAGAAGCCGAGCUCAAGGCCGAAGAGAAAGAGAGGGAAGAACGAGAGAAGAACAAAGAUAAAGUGGACACUCUUAAUGAGGACACUCAGGUAUGUUAAAAGAUGUUUUUAA